AAGAAAAUAUUGGAGUUACAAUUCAAUCCGCUAAUUUUAUUAAAUGAUAUGAUGUAGCUUAUUAAAUAUAAGUUAGAGGUUGGGAUGUUAAGAUAAUCCUAAACUCAAAUUAUCAUUUUAAUAAAAUAGUUAGGGAAGUAAAAUACAUUAUCGUAAUGCAUUUGAAAUAAAAUAAAUUCAAAAACUAAUUCCUUUUCAAAAAGUAAUUUAAAAAUUAUAUUGUUUGUAUAAAUUAUUGAGUCCAGCUCCAAAUCCGCGUCUGCUUCUCGUUCUUCCUUUUUUGCGUUUUCUCUCUCCAAUUAUUAGCGUCUUAUUCAGCCGCUCUUCUCCGAUCGGUGAAAGAAAUAUUAUGGCUAUGGAGGUUACACAGGUGCUUCUGAAUGCACAAUCAAUAGAUGGAGCUGUGCGAAAAAAUGCAGAAGAUAGCUUGAAACAGUUUCAGGAGCAAAACCUUCCUGUUUUUUUGGUCUCGCUUUCUGGAGAGUUGGCAAAUGAGGAGAAGCCUGUUGAAACACGUAAAUUAGCGGGUUUGGUACUUAAGAAUGCAUUGGUUGCCAAGGAACAACACAGGAAGUUUGAGCUUGUUCAAAGAUGGUUGUCAUUGGAUGGCAAUGCAAAAAGCCAGAUUAAGGCAUGCUUGCUGAAGACUUUGACAUCUCCGGUAUUGGAUGCUCGUUCAACUGCAUCUCAAGUCAUUGCAAAGGUUGCUGGCAUUGAGUUGCCACAUAAACAGUGGCCUGAGUUAAUAGGUUCACUUUUAUCAAAUGUUCAUCAGCUACCAGCUCAAGCUAAGCAAGCCACUUUGGAGACACUUGGAUAUUUGUGUGAGGAGGUGUCCCCUGAUGUUAUCGAUCAAGAUCAAGUAAAUAAAAUUCUUACAGCUGUAGUUCAAGGCAUGAGUUCAUCGGAGGGAAACACUGAUGUGAGGCUUGCUGCAACCAGAGCACUUUACAAUGCAUUGGGGUUUGCGCAAGCAAAUUUCAGCAAUGACAUGGAGCGUGAUUAUAUCAUGAGAGUUGUCUGUGAGGCAACGCUGUCCCCAGAAGUGAGGAUAAGACAAGCUGCUUUCGAAUGUUUGGUAUCCAUUUCAUCAACUUAUUAUGAAAAAUUAGCUCCAUAUAUUCAAGAUAUUUUCAACAUUACAGCAAAGGCUGUGAGGGAAGAUGAGGAACCUGUUGCUCUUCAAGCCAUUGAGUUUUGGAGCUCAAUAUGUGAUGAGGAGAUAGAUAUUUUGGAAGAAUAUGGAGGUGAUUUCACUGGUGACUCAGAUAUUCCUUGCUUUUAUUUUAUCAAGCAGGCGCUCCCUGCCCUCGUUCCUAUGCUUUUGGAGACACUAUUGAAGCAGGAGGAGGAUCAGGAUCAGGAUGAAGGCGCUUGGAAUAUUGCAAUGGCUGGUGGAACAUGUCUUGGUUUGGUUGCAAGGACUGUUGGAGAUGAUAUAGUACCUCUUGUUGUGCCAUUUAUUGAGGAAAAUAUUUCAAAACAGGAUUGGAGGCAGCGGGAGGCGGCAACUUAUGCCUUUGGUUCAAUCUUGGAGGGCCCUUCUCCAGAAAAGUUAAUACCCCUUGUGAAUGUUGCCCUUACUUUUAUGCUCAGUGCUUUGACAAAGGACCCCAAUAGCCAUGUCAAAGACACAACAGCCUGGACCCUGGGACGUAUCUUUGAAUUUCUUCAUGGUUCAGUUGUUGAUUCUCCCAUCAUCAGUCAAGCAAAUUGCCAACAGAUUAUUACAGUUCUGCUACAGAGCAUGAAGGACACUCCAAAUGUUGCUGAGAAGGCCUGUGGUGCUCUCUAUUUUCUUGCUCAAGGUUAUGAGGAGAUGGGUCCAUCAUCUCCUUUAACUCCCUUUUUCCAGGAAAUUGUCCAGUCCCUUCUGACUGUCACUCACAGAGAAGAUGCCGGUGAAUCUCGGCUGAGGACUGCUGCUUAUGAGACACUGAAUGAAGUGGUGAGGUGUUCAACUGAUGAGACUGCUCCAUUGGUGUUGCAAUUGGUUCCUGUCAUCAUGAUGGAGCUUCACAACACUCUUGAGGGCCAGAAACUCUCAUCCGAUGAAAGGGAAAAGCAGAGUGAAUUGCAAGGCCUUCUUUGUGGGUGUUUACAAGUCAUUAUUCAAAAGCUUGGUGCAUCAGAACCAACGAAAUAUGUGUUCAUGCAGUAUGCAGAUCAGAUUAUGGGACUUUUCCUUCGGGUUUUUGCUUGUAGGAGUGCUACCGUACAUGAGGAGGCCAUGCUUGCUAUUGGAGCUCUUGCUUAUGUAACAGGAGCAGAUUUUGCAAAAUACAUGCCGGAGUUUUAUAGGUACUUGGAAAUGGGUCUUCAGAAUUUUGAAGAGUACCAGGUCUGUGCUGUGACAGUUGGUGUUGUGGGUGAUAUUUCCAGGGCACUGGAGGAAAAAAUUGUGCCUUACUGUGAUGGUAUUAUGACACAACUUCUCAAGAAUUUGUCGAGCAACCAGUUGCAUCGCUCUGUGAAGCCUCCUAUAUUUUCAUGCUUUGGUGACAUUGCAUUGGCAGUGGGAGAGUAUUUUGAAAAGUAUCUAAUGUGGGCCAUGUCUGCACUUCAGAGCGCUGCAGAGUUGUCUACCCAUAUAGCAGGUGAUGAUGAAUUGGUAGAGUACACAAACUCCCUUAGAAACGGAAUCCUGGAGGCAUAUUCCGGGAUUUUUCAAGGGUUUAAGAACUCUCCCAAAACCCAGCUGUUGAUUCCUUAUGCACCUCACAUCCUCCAGUUUUUGGAUGGCAUAUACAUGGAGAAAGACAUGGAUGAUGUGGUGAUGAAGACUGCCAUUGGAGUCCUUGGUGAUCUAGCUGAUACAUUAGGAAGUGAUGCUGGUUCUAUGAUACAGCAAUCUGUCUCGAGCAAAGACUUUUUGAAUGAAUGCUUGUCUUCAGAAGACCUUAUGAUUAAAGAAUCUGCUGAAUGGGCCAAGUUGGCCAUUAGUCGUGCCAUUUCUGUUUGAGGGUGUUGCCAUUCAGCAUGUUUAUUUCUUUUCGAAGUCCAUGCAUUUGGGAAUGUCUAGGGUCUUGGGUUGCAUGUGUCGUGUCAUCACCAUUGUCAGACAACAGAAGUUACCAGUCUUUAUGUUGUCACUAACAUUUGCAUCAGCAUCAUGGGGUCAGAUUCCAUUUUUUUUAAUCAUGAAGGAACUGGAUACAGACAAUUUCAGAGAAGUCAACGAACGCCUGCAUAAAGAGAAUAUCUUUUGGUCUCGAAUGAGCGGAGUAGGGGGAGGGGAUCAUGAAUUUGGACAUGCAUAAGGAGUGGAGUCAGGUAGCUUGAUCACACUUACAUGUCAACACGAGCAUCAGUUUUUCCUUUAACGUGGUUUUCUCCCAGUAAAUCUAGUUUGAUGGAAUGGAUGAUCGAUCAUCUGGUUCAAACAACGCUGCAGCACUUUAAAGAAAUCUCAACUGCUGUAAAUCAACCAUUGUCAGUCCUUAUUCCAUCACCUAUCAAUCCUUAUUUUUGAAGCUCAAAUCUGCAUAUUUAUGAAGUAAGUACUUCCGGCUGGCUUGUAUUUAAAUCUCCUCUGCUUCAUUUAUACAUUUUGGUUCGGGGUCGGGUCGAGGAUUAACCACAUUCAGCAUUGCAUUCAUUAGAAUUCAUUUCAUUCGUUAGUUUUACUUAGUUUGGGAGUCAAAAUUGUUCCAUCUCAUGCAUUCAUAGAAUUUUUCUGUCUUUGCGUUUCUUUGGGGUAUACAACUGUUUUUCAUUUUGUUGUUCUUUUUUUUUUUUUAUAAAUGUAUUUUUGGUUAUCACUGCUUAGAGAAAAGUGAUACUAUUAUAAUCACAAUUUGGGCAUAUGACAUUAAACAAAGUUUAAUGAGGCAACUUAUUUCUGUGUUGCCUUAUUAUUAUAUUAUUAUUAUUAUUGGUUUUAAUGAAAUUGAGGCUUUGGCCUUUUUGCUUCA